AUGCGGUCGGAUUCCGAGUUCUGUCCGGACGACCCUGCGUCGUCGACUGCGGGGCUUCAGAAGCCUCACGCGGGGUCUCCCAAACCCAUGAGUGUGUGGAGUCUCUUUGACGAGGCGGCGGACGGCUCGAGCCGCGAAUCGUCCUCCCCCGCUGCCGCUCAGCCGGCCCCCCAGUUCGCCUACUCGCCUUCCGCCGGCUCCUUUCCGCCGCGUGUUCCCUCCUCUGGCGCCGACAACGGAGCUCUUUCUCCUUCUAGUGCCACGGCGCAGCGGGGUCAGGCGCCCGCGCUGAGUCUCCACGGCUCGAGGGAGUCGUCAGCCAGCGCAGAAUUCUUCGACGCCUCCACAGAGGGCGACUCGUUCCUUGUAGAUGACUUCUCCGCGUCAAACGUGACGUUUCCUCCGGCUAAUCGCUCGUCCGGCGCUCGCGACGCUGCCCUCACCCCGCAGGCGGGCAGUCCCGCUGCAGGUGCGUGGGGGGCGGCAGCCCCUGGAGCCUGGAGGCGGGAGGCGAUCGUCCGCGGUCGUCCUGACUGCUCCUCCUCACUCGCGGCGCGCGCGACUUCCCUUGACGCUGUCAGGUGCGCCGGAGGCGCGGCUAGCCGGGCAGGAGGCCCGCAGGACGGCGGCGCGUGCGCGACGGGCUCGAAGCUAGGAGACAGCUCGGGGUCGGCGGCUGGGUUUCAGAGCAUGGACGAUGACGGCCGCGAGGACUUUGCGAGAUACGCAGAGGGGUUUAUGACGCCGAGCCUGCAUUCUCUGGAGUUUGUCGACGCGGGGGAUUCGCGGGGCGCCUCACGAGAAGUGAAUAACGAAUUGCCGACUCAAGCGGACUCACGCGAUGCCGCCGCGGGUCUCGCGGCCGGCGAGGCCCGCUCGCCGCCCGCAGAUGACGGGAGCGACCCCCAGGAUGACACGUACGUCCACCUGGCGUCGCCCGGAGCGCGAGACUCGGCGCAGCGGCCCGAAGGCGAUGCGUGCUCAGAGACGGCGCCUGCUGCAGCUGCAGCCGCCGACGCGGCUCCGGCUGCGUCGCGCACCUUCGUCCGUUCGCCAGCCGCCGCCCUGUGCGCCUCGGGGUCUUCCUCUGCCGCCCCGUCGAUGCUACCCCUUCUGCCUCCGUCUCAGCUGCUCAACCUCCCCGACAGCACGGUCGCGAGCGCGGCCGCGGCAGCGGGGGUCUCCGUCGUGCCCUCUCUCGCCAGCACCUCUGGGGUGUCCUACGCGACGGCGACGACUGCAGACGUCGUGGUCGUGCACAACCGAGCGGCGAGCAGCGCCGCGCCGCUCAACCUCUCUCCAGGCACUGGCGACUGCGACACCCCCCCGCCCUUCGAGUCUGCGCCGGGGAUAGAAGGGCAAGCGGACGCACAGCGAGCCGCGGCGGAGAAGACUGAGGGCGACGCACGGCCUGCCGCCAACGGGCGCGCGGGCGGCGACAAAGACCACGAAGGGGAAGGGGGAGGCGAGAGUGAGAGGCCGCGGGGUGACGCGAACGGCGAGCGGCAGUCUGACGCAGGCGCGCCGCAGAGUGCGUCUCACAGCGUGGCGUCGCCUCAAGAGGCGAACCGCGCGCAGAAAACAGAUGCCCAGGAGACCGGAGACUCCCAGCGCCGCGUCGCCUUUCGAAAGCUCGGGGGGAACGAGGCCGCGAUGCCCGCCGGCGGCGCGCCGGGAUCCUUCACGUCUCAGAACUCGUUGAACAAAAAGAAGCUCCACGAAGACGACUCCAACCCUGCGUGGUAUGCGCACAAGCGGCACGUCUUCAUUUUCACCUUCUCAGGGAAGCCUGUCUAUUCCAGAUACGGCAACGAAGAGAGCUUGAGCGCCUUCUCGGGAGCUCUCUCGGCGAUCGUCUCGAAGAUGGAGAGUUUUUUCUUCUUCACAAAGAAGCAGGACUGUCUGCGGAGCAUGCUCGCGGGCGAUCGCCGCUUUGUGUUUCUGCGCCGCGGGCCUCUGUACCUCGUCAGCGUCGACAGUGUGUCUGCGAAUGUGCAGCAAAUUCGCAGCGCGUUGAUGCUGGUUCACAGACAGCUUCUCUGCAUCCUCACGAAGGGCAUCGAAAAAACUCUUUACAGUCGUCCGAACUUCGACGUUCGGCCUCUCCUUGGAGGCACCGACGGCAUUCUGAGGAAUCUUCUGUCGCACUACUCGUCGUCGCUGCUCUGCGUCUUGUACGCGGCUUCGGCGGCUUCGAGUCCGCGGAAGGGGCCUCCGUCUCGCUUGCCGUCGCCCUCCGCUGCCCUGGCGCCCGGCGCGGGCUCCGCCGCCUCUGCAGGGGACGUGGAGGCCCUGGAGACUGAGGCCCUGGAAGAGAAGGGGGGCUUCGAGCCCCUGCCGCUCAACUCGACGAUGCGCCACAUCGCCAACAACAUGCUCAAAUCCUUCGGCACUUCCCAUGUUCUGGCGGGUUUAGUUCUCGCGGAUCACCGCGUCGUCGCGAUGUCGCUCGCAAAGGAUGUCGUUCUGCAGCCAACUGACAUCAUUCUCCUCAUCAACUUCGUUGUCGCCUCUCCUGCUCUCCGCCAAGCGGAGAGUUGGACGCCCGUCUGCCUCCCUGGCUUCAAUGACAGGGCCUUCCUGUACAUGUAUGUGCGAUACCUCGCGCCGCAUGUGUGCUACAUCUGCCUCUCCUCCAAGAACGACGGCGAGCAGUUCUUCGCGUUGUCUUCGCACUGCACCAAAACGUUUGCGCUUUUAACCAACACAGGUUGCCUAAACGCCAUCGAGAGGUCAAGGGAGUACUGCCCCUACAGUCUGCCGCGGAGCCUCUGGGGCUCUCUGGCGCUUUUGCACGUCGGGUUUUUCCUCCCGUCGUCCAAGCAAUUCUUUUCCUCUGCCCUGUCUUCUGAAAUCGACACUGGAAAGCAUGCGAUCCGCGACAUCCUGAAGCUGUACGUGCAGUGCGACGAAUCUGUGCAAGGCGCCAAACUGCCCACACACGCAUACAUCGAAACCGAGCGCCACAAAGCCUACGUCUGGCGGACGACCGAAUUCCAUCUCUACGCGGCUGUGCCUUCGUGGAUCGAACUGACGACUGCUGUGCUCGAGCAACUCGCCAAGUGGGUGAUGGACCAGCAGCCCUUCCUCUUCAUCACAAACAUCCCGACGAUUGCAGGAUGA